CUUUGGCCUUUUGGUACAAGAUGGCGCCUGUGUUUAGCAAGUUGCUGUCAAGCCGGCUAUCGGCAGCAGUCGUAACAGGCGCUUUCCUUGUUCACAUGCUCAAGAACAGACAGGCCAAGGCACAGAUUCGACGAGUCGGAAGUGUGGCCGAUUUACCUGCCCACAUAGAUGAUCAGCCUCUAAUUCAAAGAAGCAAGAAUGAUAAAGCAGCAGUGGAUCUUGUAUUUUUCAAGCGUUUGGGAAGAGUUCUCAAGGUACUCAUUCCAGGAUGGUUCUCGGCAGAAACGGGUUAUUUAGCUUUAGUUGCUCUUGCGUUGAUGGCAAGAACAUACUGCGAUGUAUGGAUGAUACAAAAUGGAACGGCUAUUGAAAGUUCCAUCAUUGGACGGGAUGUUAACCUCUUCAAGACAUACCUAUUCAACUUUAUUUAUGCCAUGCCUGCGAUCUCCUUGGUAAACAAUAUACUGAAGUAUGGAUUGAAUGAGCUGAAACUUCGCUUCCGAACUCGCCUAACUACCCAUCUGUAUGAACAGUACCUCAAGGGUUUCACCUACUACAAGAUGAGUAACCUUGACAACCGCAUCGCUAAUGCUGAUCAGCUACUCACCCAAGAUGUGGAGAGAUUCUGUAACAGUGUAGCCGAACUCUAUUCUAAUCUCAGUAAACCCAUUCUGGAUAUUCUGAUUUACGUGCGUGAAUUGGCUGCCACAAUAGGCCCCCAAGGUCCCACGUACAUGAUUGGUUACCUAGUGCUUUCAGGAUUAAUCCUUACAAGAUUGCGUCGGCCAGUUGGUCGGAUGACAGUAGACGAACAACGAUACGAAGGAGAGUUUCGUUAUGUAAAUUCUCGUCUAAUUACAAAUAGCGAAGAGGUUGCAUUUUAUCAAGGGAACAAGCGAGAACGAAGAAAUAUCUACCACGCCUUCAACAAACUGGUGAAUCACCUGAGGAGCUUCAUCUUUUUCCGUUUCUCCAUGGGGUUUGUGGAUAACAUAAUCGCUAAAUACAUAGCCACAGUAGUGGGUUACCUGGUGGUCAGUCGGCCGUUCCUCAAUCUCAACAACAGUGCUUUCAUUGGCAAGAAGCAUUCCUUCUUGAUGGAGGAGUAUUACCAGGCGGGUCGCAUGCUGCUACGUAUGGCCGAGGCGGUAGGCCGUAUUGUCCUAGCUGGUCGAGAAAUGACUCGAUUGGCAGGAUUCACUCAGCGUGUAACUGAAUUGAUGACUGUCCUGAAUGAUCUAAACAGUGGUCGUUACGAACGGACAAUGGUCCGAGAGUCAAAAGCAGAUUCUGACAGUGAAGAGGAUAGAGAACCACUGGUUCCUGGCAGCGGAAAACUCAUUCAUCAAGACCACAUUAUUGAGUUUAAGCAAGUUCCAUUGGUCACUCCAAACGGAGAUGUCUUGGUCAGGGAGAUGACCUUCACGGUCAAGUCAGGGGUCAACGUCCUGAUAUGUGGACCUAACGGCUGUGGCAAGAGCUCGCUUUUCAGAAUACUUGGAGAGUUAUGGCCGUUGUUUGGGGGUACGCUGAUCAAGCCGGAGGCAAGGAAACUGUUCUACGUUCCUCAGCGACCGUACAUGACUCUUGGCACUCUAAGAGAUCAGAUAAUCUACCCAGACUGUAAAGAGGACAUGUUGAGGAAAGGUAUCUCCGAUAAGGACUUAGAAACUUUAGUUGCCCAGGUUCAACUGAGUAACAUCUUGGACCGAGAAGGUGGAUGGGAUUCUGUACAAGACUGGAUGGACGUCUUGAGCGGAGGAGAAAAACAACGAGUCGCCAUGGCUCGUCUGUUCUACCAUAAGCCACAGUUUGCCAUCUUGGAUGAAUGCACCAGUGCAGUCAGUGUCGACGUCGAAGGAUUCAUAUAUGCCCAUGCUAGAGAGGUUGGGAUUACCCUGUUUACAGUGUCACAUCGUAAGUCACUCUGGAAACAUCAUGAGUUCUACCUGAUGUUCGAUGGGCGUGGUGCCUACGAGUACAAAAAGAUCGACCUCGAGACAGUACAGUUUGGUUCUUAAGAAGAUGUCCAACCAACCCAAGACAAGCAGAAGGAAAGCACAGCCAACCAAGACCAAGGAAAUUACAGCCUGAUGUGCGAUUUAACUUACAAUUUAACAUUAAUCAGGUGAAAUUUCAGUGAAAAAUGCUCCAUUGAAUUAAUUAAGAGCAACUUCCAAAACUCAAAUGGCGUAAUAAGUGCCAAUAAUUCUCAUCAAUGGAUUAAUUUGGGUUUGAAAGUGCACAAGAGGCAAAGAACAAGAACUCAAUGAGAAUAUUUCGUUCAAUGUAAUUCAUCCUUACAAUAAUUCUCAUCAGUAAUUAGGAAUUAAUGGUUUGUGCGGAAAGGACAAUAGGCAAGCUGGUUUAAUGUCGCACACAUGUAGUUUAAGACACUGGAGUAUGGGCUGCCGGGUAAAAAUCAUUAGCCCUCAUGAUAUCAAAAUCUUGAUCACAAAAACCCAAUGAGAAUAUUUAUAACGUUCAAUUAAACUCAAUCUUACAACAACAAAAAUUAUCCUCAGCAAUUACAGAUGAAUGGGUGUGCAGAAGUGGGGAUUGGAAUAUUAGUUUGGUAACACCUGUGAUACCCUUCCAAAUGAAUUAAAAACAUCUCAGAAUCUAGACAAAGUAACAGUCUAACAGAUUAUUGGGAACUGGUCAUGUUGGGUGAUUGAUCAAGAUACUCAAUUUGAAAAUGAUUUUAUUUAAAAUAUUGAUUUAAGUAUUUUGUAUUUAUUAAAAUUAAGCAAACCCCUUUACUAGAUGAAUUGAUCAUAAAAAUCCCUGAGAAGAUAUUGGGUUGAUUUUUGUUCACAUUUGAUUUGCUAACCCUGAAAAUUUCCCAGGAAAUAUCUUCUGGUUAAUUCAGUCAACAGCUAACCCCUUCUUGAGAGUAGACUUUUUGAAGCAAGAUAACACUUGGGUAAAAAUACUGAGUGCUCAUACUCCCCAAGAGAAAAUGGCACCAAGUAAAAUGACGAGGAGAUGUGUAAAGGGCUCAAAUGAACUUUGCAAAUAAUUUAUUAGUUUAUAGUCAACUGGUCAGGGCCCAAUUUCUUAAAGCUGUAAAAGCAGAAAAAAUGCUUCAAGCAAGUGUAUUUGCAAAGCAACAAAUGAGGAGGGCAUCUGUGACACAAUGCAAGCUUUAUGACAUCUUUGCUGGUCGCCUGUUUUCGAUAUUUGUCUGUGCUUAGCAAGGUUUCAUAUGAAUAGGCUUUAUGAAAUUGGGCAUUUUAUAGGAAAGAAUUUAUUUACAUUUUUUUUAUGUGGCAAUCAAGUUCGUUUAUCAUUAACAGUUAGAUAUUUAAGAUAACGGGGUGUAAUUGGUAGAUAAAUGGUGGAAUUAAAUUUAAAAAGUAAAA